AGAGUAGCUACAAUGACUUCAGCCGUCCUGGUAGACAUCCGAGAUGAAGUAACUUGUCCUAUCUGCCUGGAGCUCCUGAUGGAACCUCUGAGUAUAGACUGUGGCCACAGCUUCUGCCAGGACUGCAUCACAAGGAAUAGUGAGGAAUCGGUGAUCUGCCAAGAAGGGAAGAGCAGCUGUCCUGUGUGUAAGACCAGCUACCAGCCUGGGAACCUCCGGCCUAAUCGGCACCUGGCCAACAUAGUGAGGAGGCUCAGAGAGGUAGUGUUGGGCCCUGGGAGGCAGCCAAAGGUAACUCUUUGUGCACUCCAUGGAGAGAAACUCCAGCUCUUCUGUAAGGAGGAUGGGAGGCUAAUUUGCUGGCUUUGUGAGCGUUCUCAGGAGCACCGUGGUCACCACACAUUUCUCAUGGAAGAGGUUGCCCAGGAGUACCAGGAAAUGUUCCAGGAGUCUCUGAAGAAACUAAGGAGAGAUCAGCAGGAAGCUGAGAGGUUAAAAGCUGUUAUAAGAGAGAAGAGGACAUCCUGGAAGAAUCAGAUGGAGCCUGAGAGACACAGGAUCCAGACAGAGUUUAAUCAGCUGCGAAGAAUCCUGGACAGAGAAGAACAGUGGGAACUGAAAAAGCUGGAGGAGGAAGAGAGGAAAGGGCUGAGUAUUAUAGAAAAAGCUGAGGGUGAGCUGAUCCAUCAGAGCCAGUCCCUGACAGAGCUCAUCUCAGACCUGGAGCGGCGGUGCCAGGGGUCUACAGUAGAUCUGCUGCAGGAUGUGAACAAUGUCACGAAAAGGAGUGAGUUCUGGACCUUGAGGAAGCCCCAAGCUCUCCCAACCAAGCUGAAAAGUGUAUUUCGGGCCCCAGAUCUGAAAAGGAUGCUGCGAGUAUUCAGAGAGCUGACAGAUGUCCAAAGCUACUGGGUGGAUGUGACCUUGAACCCACACACAGCUAAUUUAAAUCUCAUCCUGUCUAAAAACAGGAGACAAGUGAGAUUUGUGGGUGCUAAGCUGUCUGAACCUUCCCGUCUGGAAGAACAUUAUAACUGUAGUGUCCUCGGCUCUCAGCACUUCUCCUCAGGAAAGUACUACUGGGAGGUAGAUGUGACCAAGAAGACUGCCUGGAUUCUGGGCGUGUGCAGCAAUUCAGGGGAACCUACAUUCUCUUUCAACCAGUAUCCUCACCAGCAGAAUGCUUACUCCAGAUUUCAGCCGCAGAGUGGAUUCUGGGUGAUUGGGUUGCAGCACAAGCACGAAUACAGAGCCUAUGAGGACUCCUCCACUUCCCUGCUUCUCUCCAUGACGGUACCCCCUCGUCGUGUUGGGGUUUUCUUAGACUAUGAGGCCGGCACUGUCUCAUUUUACAAUGUCACAAACCAUGGCUUGCCCAUCUACACCUUCUCUAAAUAUUACUUUCCUACAGCCCUUUGUCCAUAUUUUAAUCCUUGCAGCUGUGCAGUCCCAAUGACUCUACGUCGCCCAAGUUCUUGAAUA